AUGAAAUCGAGAAGACUCGGCAACUCGGGCUUGAAAGUUUCCAAGGUCAUUCUUGGAUGUAUGGGAUUUGGCUCUCCUGAGUGGGCAGGUUGGGUCAUGGAUGAAGAGAAAUCUCUUCCUCUCAUCUACCAUGCCUACCAACGGGGUAUAAACACUUGGGAUACAGCCGAUUGCUACUCCAACGGAGUCUCGGAAAUCAUCGUCGGAAAAGCAUUGAAAAAAUACAGCAUCCCCCGACAACGAGUCGUGAUCAAGACCAAGCUAUAUACCGGUGUGGAUGAUGAAGGUGGCCAGACUCCGAUACACUUGGCACAGAACAACGACGGAACUUGGGUAAACCGCGUCGGACUGUCACGCAAGAAGAUCAUAGAUGCCGUUGAUGAGAGCGUAAAGCGUCUUGGUACAUAUAUAGAUGUCUUGUAUAUCCAUCGUCUUGAUCGGCAAACACCCAGAGAAGAAAUUAUGCGGGCUUUGAAUGAUGUUGUGGAAAGUGGUAAAGUGAGGUAUAUCGGUGCUAGCUCGAUGCGAGCGUGGGAGUUCCAGGCCUUGCAAAACGUUGCCAUCCAAAACAACUGGCACAAAUUCAUCGUCAUGCAAAGCUACUACAGUCUUAUUGGCCGUGAGGAGGAGCGCGAGAUGAUUCCUUACUGCAAGGAUGCCGGUAUUGGCUUGGUUCCCUGGUCUCCAUUGGCAAGGGGUGUACUUGCACGUCCAUGGACGGAACGCGACUCUAAUCGUGAAACUACCGAUAUUGCGAUGAAGCUUCUCGUUCGUAUGCGUGAGAGCGAGGCCGACAAGGCGAUUGUUAACCGAGUGGAGAACAUUGCAAAGGCCAAGGGUGUAUCUAUGGCCCAGAUCGCGAUUGCAUGGCUUCAUUAUCACGGCACGUUUCCGGCUCUGGGACUUAAUUCGCCUGAACGUAUUGAUGAGGCUGUUGCCGCAUUGCAGGUGAAGUUGACGGAGGAGGAAGUCAAGGAGCUCGAGGAGCCGUAUCUUCCUAAGGAACUUUCUCUGAUUGAAAUGUAA